UACCAGUACAUUAGAUUCCGCUGUUUUGAUGAGAAUAGAUGUCUUUGCGGUAGUCGACGAUUUGUAGCAACCGUAACCAGAUUAUAUAUAUUUUCACGACGUUAGGUAGCUCGUUGCUGCUUUUCUGAUCGAGUCGCUCUGAAAAAGGCGGCUUGAUCUCGCUAAUAAAGGUCGCUUUGUAAAUUAGGUCGGAAGGGAUGCCGCUGCAGACAGACUCCGACGGACGCCAAGAGUCUUUGGAUGUAAUCUCAUCGCACUUAAUCGGCAAGAGCAGCUUUUCUAUAAACUUAAAAAGCCUCAGAAUAACUCAUUCUCGACCGAGUGUUUGUGUAAGAUGCUUAAGCUCGAGUGCGAACUAAAGGCUGUUCUGUGAAGUGAAGACAGGAGCGCAAUUGUCAGUAAGCUAACUUAGCUACCGUUAGCUGGUCGCCCCACAGAGCGCGGUUCGGUUAUCUUCAGCACCCUGCUGGUCACAGAGGGGCGAGUAUCUACCGAGACAGCCCACUGCUCGAGUUUUGGACCGUCUGUUUUCGGCCAGUGUCGAAAAUACUGCCUGACUACAAUGAAGCUGUUGGAAAACUCCAGCUUUGAAGCUCUCAGCUCCCGGCUGUGUGUUGAAACAGGGGAGUCCCGCAUACUUGGCAGGAUCGAGAGCUACUCCUGCAAGAUGGCAGGAGACGAUAAACACAUGUUCAAGCAGUUCUGCCAGGAGGGGGAGCCGCAUGUCCUGGAGGCCCUCUCCCCUCCUCAGUCCACCAGCGCCACCAGCCCUUCACAGCUGGGGAAAAGCAGCGAGGACGGAGAAAACCCUCUGAGCGACAAGUGUUGCAGGAAGACUCUUUUCUACCUCAUCACCACGCUCAACGAGUCCUUCAGGCCGGACUAUGACUUCAGCGCCGCGCGAGCUCACGAGUUCAGCCGAGAGCCCAGCCUCAACUGGGUGGCUAACGCAGUGAACAGCAGUCUGUUCUCAGCAGUGGGAGAAGAGUUUAACUCUUUGGGACCCGAGCUGUGGAACGCUAUCGACCAGGAGAUCAACCUGCAGGGCUGUGACAUUUACAGCUACAACCCGGAUCUGGACUCAGACCCUUUUGGUGAAGAGGGGAGUCUCUGGUCCUUCAACUACUUCUUCUACAACAAAAAACUGAAGAGGAUUGUAUUCUUCACAUGUCGCUCCGUCAGCGUCCUGAGCGGUUACGGCCGCGGCAGCCUCGACAACGAGCUGGACAUGGAGCUGGACGAUGAAGAGGAAAUGGAUGGCUUCACUGAGGACAGCUGCCCCAGAGCUCUGUGUGUGUAACCGCCUCAGCCAAAGAGUGUCCAGGCUUUUCCAGUGUCCAUCCCCCCGCCUCUUCCUCGCCAUCUAUUUGCUGCCUUGUCCAAAGCCAUUUUCCACCUUCAGACUAAUGCAUGUUUGAUGCCUUCUCUUGCCGGUGGUAAACUUUGUGUUGUGGCGUGGCAGGGUUUUAUUUGUAUUUGUUUUUAGUUAAAUACUCCUGUGUCAGCAUAAAACUCCUUCAUUUCAUUUUCCAGUAUUUUGUUUUCCGGGAUCCUGAGCUCUGAGCCCAUACAGCCACAUAUGGACUUCUCAACUCCUGCCACAUUUCCAAAGAGACCACUUCACGGACACUUAAGAAAGAGGAGGUCUUGUUGUGAACAAGUGGCUCAAAAGGACUGAAAGCAAGUUUAGCUUCUUGCAGAUGAUGUCACAGAGGAGUCCAGAAACACCAGCAUAAUUGAAAACUGAUGAGGACAAAUACAGAGCUGGGUCCAUUUAAGACAGGACACAAACAUACACACAAAAAUCCAGCCGAGGCUGCCUGACUGACUGAUAAGCUGAGAGCUCCGUUUCCUCAUCUGUUGUUGCUUUUUACGUGUGACAGUGACGUUACUGUGAGAACUCUUUUGAAAUCUAAAAAUGUUGCAUUUAUUACUGACUGUAUUCUUUAAAUCUCCACGGCCAAGGAGAAUUAUACUCCUGGCGUCUGAGUUGCAGCUUAGAAAACAUAUCAGCUUUUAUCAGAUAGUUUCACUGUGUUGUCUAAAUCUUUUUUUUUUUUUUUUUUUUUGUCUCCAAUUAAUCCCUGUUCAUUCCUGAAUGUGUUGUUUUUCUUUGCUCAUUACCUCAGUGCAAAGACUUCAUUGAAAAGUGAAUGUAUAGUAGAAAAAACAUGCCGCAGAAAAUUCUUUUUAGAUGAGAAGCUCUUCGUGUUCCUGAAAAGUACUUAGGAGUUGUGCGUCUUUAUCGACUGCCCUGUGCUUCGUUUGAUCAGCCAUUAUAUUAAAGAUGUGAAUAAA